UCUCCCACGUGAUGAGGCUGGGCGGAGCGGAAUCGGCUCGGUGGCGGGGCGCAUGCGCAGUGAGGCUCCUGAAAGUGGCAGGCGCUGAAAUUCAAAUCUGAAGGGCGGUUUUUAUUACCGUGGCAGCUUAGAAGCAGACGGGGAGCGAGCGAGGGGUGGGCGUCGCUGGUGUCACCCGCAGAGAUGGACCCCUUCACGGAGAAACUCCUAGAACAAACCCGUGCCAGAAGAGAGAACCUACAGAAGAAGAUGGCUGGGCGGCCAACAGCACGGCCUGCAAUGCAAGCAAAAAGAAGCAGAGAACCAUUAUCGGAAGCUGGCAACCAGCCUCUUCAGCCUAGUGAAGAAGCAAAACCAAGUACAAAGCCAUCACCAUCCAAAAGGCGUUGUUCAGACAACGUGGAGACUCCAGUCUCUAGUUCAGAGAAUCGCCAUCCCGUUAAUUCACCUUCCAUAAACCAUGGUGCUCCUGAAAUGGCUCCUGGCUCUCUAGUGGCUGCCCCAUUGACAAAGAGAGAAGAGGAGGACCCUACAUCUGAAUCAGCUCCUGUUAACUCAGUUAAAACACGAAUGCAAAAACUGGCUGAACAGCGACGCUACUGGGAUAGUGAUUUGUCUGAAAGUUCUUGCGCAUCUCCCAUCCAAUCAAAAGAAUGUGCUGUUUCCCCACCCAAACUAGCCCUUACAUCUGAGACCCCUAUAGGGCGAAAAGGCCGUUUAGCCAACCUUGCUGCUACAAUUGGUUCCUGGGAAGAUGACCUAAGUCAUCCAUCUGCAAAGCAAAACAAUACACAAGAACAGCCUGGCACUACUUGUUUAUCCAAAUUGUCCACUACAAGUGGAGCAUCUGCUAGAAUCAAUAGUGGCAGUGUGAAGCAGAAUGCUACAUCCUGUUCACAAAGGCCUGUCGAGUCAUCUGUGAAUAAGUCAGCAAUUUCUGGGAUAUCGGAGACUAAUAAUUUCAUAACACAAAACUCAAGAGCAACUAAGCAGAAUGCUAAAGAAACUGAAGUACCAAAACAACUGCCACAAGAAAAAGUCAAUCUCAAACCAUCGUUGAAACCAGUAUUAUCUCAACCACAUCCUGCCAAAGAAGUGCCAAUCGAAGGAACACAUGUACAACUUAACUAUAAGGAUAAGCCAACCACACCAGGAGGAGCAGGCAUUAAGCCUUUUCUGGAGCGUUUUGGAGAGCGUUGCCAGGAGCAUAGUACACAAAGUCCUGUUAUCGUUGGAGGACACAGAACUCCCAUUAUUACUCCAAAUACAAAGACAAUCCAAGAAAGACUCUUCAGACAGAAUGAAGCUUCCUCAACAGCCAGUCUAGCACAGCAGCUCAAGCAGGAACGUGAAAGAGAACUUGCGUCCAUUAGAGGUCGCUUUGACAGAGGCAGUUUGUGGAGUGCUGAAAGAGGACAGAACUCCAAGAACAAGUGGCAAGAAACAAAACAGGAGAGUAAAGCUACUCCAAAGCACCUCCCCAGUUCAGAUGCCUCUUCCCAAUUAGACGGAAAAGCUGCGGUACCUGAGAAAGUAGCAGAAGGAAAAGCUGCGGUACCUGAGAAAGUAGCAGAAAACACACCUUCAGGCACUUCAGAAUACAAAAGGACAGAAAAACAGAGCCCUUUGAAAAUCUUCUCACCAAAGACUCCUGUAAAAACAGUGUCGGACUCGAAGCCUGAGCAACUUCCUGCUGAGCAGAACAACAGAGAACGCGAAACUGAGGUGAAUGACGAGAUGAAUAGUUCAAAGGUGAUAAACGACAUCUUUGAUGAGGUUCUGCAGGAAGAUGGGCCUGACAUAGAGAAACUUAAGAAAGAAAUGAGUAUGACGUUAGAAGCUGAUGAUGAAUAUGAACAGGAAGAGUCGCUGAACAUUUCUUCAAUGUCCCUCUUAACACCUUUAACUGAGUCUGUUGCUGUCGCAAGUCCUGAGGUUUUUGCUUCCCCUAGUAAAUCAGUUGGUGAGGGGAGCAGUACAAGUGAUGACAGUCCAAAGACUGGCAAGUUUCAAAGAACUUCUGUCUGCAGAACAGAAUCUGGGAGCAGCAUUGGAUCUCUGUCAGAGGAGCGUAAUUUAUAUAGCAUUGAUGCCUAUCGGUCUCAACGAUUUAAAGAAACUGACCGACCCUCAAUAAAGCAAGUGAUUGUUCGUAAAGAAGAUGUUACUUCCAGACUUGAGGAGAGAAGAAAUGGAACUUCUGAUCAAAUUAACAUUAAACGCAAAUUGCAGGAGCUGAACAACGAAAUCAAUUUGCAGCAGACUGUCAUCCAUCAAGCCAGCCAGGCUCUGAAUUGCUGUACUGAUGAAGAACAUGGGAAAGGGUCACAAGAAGAAGCAGAAGCUGAGAGACUUCUUCUCAUUGCUACUGAAAAAAGAACAGCAUUAUUGGAAGUACUAAACAAACUAAAGAAUGAAGGACCUCAAAGCAAGAAGAAUAAAAUUGAUUCUAUGCCUGGUGGAUGCUCUCCAUCCAAAGGAUCUGUUACCCUGUCAGAAAUGCGUCUACCUCUAAAAGCAGACUUUGUUUGCAGUACUGUCCAGAAACCAGAAACAGCAAACUACUACUACAUAAUCAUGUUAAGAGCGGGAGCAGAAAACAUGGUUGCUACUCCAUUAGCAAGUACUGCAAAUUCCCUGAAUGGAGAUGCUCUUACUUUCACAACAACCUUUACACUGCAAGAUGUAUCCAGUGACUUUGAGAUAAACAUUGAAGUGUAUAGCUUGGUACAAAAGAGAGAAUCUACGAGCACUGAUAAAAGGAAAAAGUCAGCUAAAUCAAAGGCUAUUACUCCAAAGAGAUUGCUGACAUCUAUUACAACUAAGAGUAAUCUUCUUGCACCAGCCAUGGCUAGUCCAGGUGGACCCAAUGCUGUGCGCACAAGUAACUUUGUUCUUGUUGGCUCGCACAAAAUUUCACUGUCUUCAGUAGGAAGUACCAGAUUCCUGUUGGACAAGAUAAGUUAUGGAAUUAAGGAAAGAGAACUACUGGGUUAUAUGUUCCAGGAUAAGGUUCCCUUUUUGUCUCCUUUGGAAGGCCAUCUAUACCUGAAGAUCAAAUGCCAGAUAGAUUCUUGUGUGGAGGAAAGAGGGUUUUUGACUAUGUUUGAAGAUGUUAGUGGGUUUGGGGCUUGGCAUCGGCGUUGGUGUGCACUUUCUGGAAACUGCAUCUCUUACUGGACUUACCCAGAUGAUGAAAAGCGAAAGCAUCCAAUGGGAUCCAUAAACCUGGCAAACUGCACAAAUCGCCGGAUUGAACCAGCCAACCGAGAGUUCUGUGCUCGGCCCAACACUUUUGAACUAAUCACUGUUCGGCCACAGAGGGAGGACGACAAGGAAACUCUAGUUAGCCAAUGUAGAGACACGCUUUGUGUUACAAAGAACUGGCUAUCUGCAGAUACUAAAGAUGAGCGAAAUCUGUGGAUGCAAAAACUCAACCAAGUUCUUGUAGACCUUCGUAUGUGGCAACCUGAUGCUUGCUAUAUCCCUGUUGGAAAGCUUUGAAUUGUGAGGAAGUGUCCCCAUGAGCUUGCUUACAAAACCAAAUGCAUACUAUAUCGCUCUUUAAUAUAGACUUUUGUAUAAGAUCCUUGGGAUUAUUUGUUACACUUCAUGCUUUAAAAUCUGGAAGGGAGUGUGUUGUUCUGGGUGCCUUGCUACAUUUAGUAGCUUAACACACUUCCUAGCAUUGGGGUAUGAUAGGUAGCUGUUUCAGCUCUAUUCACUGUGCUAAAUAUUUUGUAUAUAAUACCUUCUUGAAAUCUGUAGCUGUUCAUGCUGUUAAAAUACCAGUCUCCAUUUAACUAAUAAAUCAUACCUUGGUUUAUUUGAAGAAUUUCAGCUCAGGAAAAACCUAGUGAGAGCUUUAUCAGUACACACAUGCUUUUUUCAAGCAAGGAUGCUCAAUGUUACUCAUUUAGUGGGGAGCUGAAACAACAACUUCAUAAAUAUGUUUAAAGUACCUAAUUAGGUGCUUAAAACCAUCUUCUGAUAUUUAACGUUCAACCUGUUUGGCACUUGCAAAAAGCAUGUUCUGGAUAAGAACGACAUAGAAUAGCCAUCAAGCAUGGCUGCACAACUUUGUUUCUCCAGCUUUUGUCAGACUAAACUCCCAUCAUCCCCAGCCACAGUGGCCAACUGUCAGGGAUGAUGGCAGUUGUAGUCUGCAGGAGGGCUGAAGCUGUGCAGUCCUGCCAUAAAGCCUGAGAGCAAAAUAAGUUUAAAAAUCAAAGUGGUGCAUGGUUUUGCACAUGAUGGUUUAUGUUCAGUAAUGCAGUGUGUUGCACAUGUUCCUAGAAAACAAGCAUCCUAGAUAUAUUCUUGGAGCUGCUUCUUUUCAGAAGCAAAUUUCCCUCUUUUGUUUCCUCAGUCAUCUUCUAUUUAAGGUUUUAAAAUGCAUUUUAAAACUUUCAUUUAUCUCUGAGCACUAGGAACAAUACAUUUUAUUUAAACUCUACAGAGCUGCUGCUGCAAGGAUCCAGGGUGUUUAUAACUGAGAUUUCUGAUAACUUCAGCUGAUCAGUUAAACAUCAGAUAUGCAACUUUCCCAAGUGCUUUCCACUGGGUACCACAGUGUGCUAUGCUGCUGCUUCCUAUAAUUUUAAAUAUCAGUAAUGGGGCAGUUCUUCUAAACUGCUGUGGCUUUAAAUACUUAAACACUAACACUUUGUCAACUGUUCCCUUUUCGUCAUUUUGUGUGUUGUCACUUUCAAGAUUUACUUUCCCCCUGAUUUGUUUUUAUAAACAUCUUCUCAACAUAAAUAAAAACACUUUAAAUAUAUCAAAGAGAUUGACUGUCUACUGUACUAGAAAACUAAGGUUUGGGACCAGAGCAUAAGUUUAAGAUUCUAGAGCAGUAACCUUCAAUCAGGGGUUACUUUAGCAAAAGAAAACAGCAGCAAUGUGAGAGCCAUUUCCCACUGUGUUAGCCUCUGCAUGAUAUUGCUCUUUCCUUGGUGCUGGGAGGGCCCUUUAAGAGACCCUUCUCUUAAGAGCUCUAUAGAGGAAAUGCUGGGAAGGGCUACACUUCCCAGCACUUUCUGCAUAGCUUCCAAGAUGGUGCUGAAACUCAAGAGGAUUCAGUCUCUCUUAAAGAAGUCCUACUAGUGCUGGACAAAGUGCAGCAAUGCAUGGUACCUCUGCAUGGUGUUGGGGGACUGUGCAGAAUAUUUAGCUGAAGCUUCCCACAGGCUCAAUAAACAAUUAUUGGGGAGCCGCCUUUAGGGUUGAGAGGAACUGCCACUGGUUCCUGGCUUUACAAUGGUGAGUAUUGUCUAGAGGUCAAUGGCAUUUACCAAGUUGAUGAUGAUACUGAUAUAACCACUGCAUUCACUGGAUUUUUUUGGCUGCAGUAAUUGGUCCUCCUGUUGUGCUGAUCUAUUGGAUAAACUGAGUUGGUGAGCAAGAUGAGUGAAAUGAAUAAGUGGAGCAGAAAAAUGUAUAAAUUUAGUAAGUGGAAAAAACCAAAACAAACAAAGUUGGUGUCACAAGGUGGGGGACAUGUUUGGACAGUAGAGGUCUUCUGGAGUGCCCAUCUCAAUGGAUAUAUUAUCCAAAGCAGAAGGUGGCUUCUCUUCUAGAGCUCGAAGGGAUGCUUCUGCUAUUCCCCUAAAAUAUUGCAGUAGACCAGGCAAGUGACUAAGGAUAUUGGAACAGGAUGAUAGAGCGAUAUCAAAUCUCUUCCUGCCUGGUGAUUUGGUACACAAUUGCGUUACUUUCCUUCUCUCUUUUUUUAAAUCGGUCCAUUGACUAAGAACAAAUACAAGCAAAGCAGCCGCAGAUUUAAAAGAUACGACUCAGGCUGCACUUAAAUUUUGCUGCCCUUUCACUAGUUGGUCAAUCUUAGUAUGAUAAAAGCAAAGCAAUGGAAAACUCAUUUAAUCAACCUGGAUAUUCAUGAUGGAUGACAAAUAUUUUAUUUGCAACAAAUAUUUAUAUACCACUUUCAACAAAAGUUCCCCAAGCGGUUUACAUAGAUAUAAAUAAAUAAAAUGGUUCCCAAAGGGCUCACAAUCUAAAAAAGAAACACAAGAUAGACACCAGUCAUUGGAGGGAUGUUGUGCUGGGGAUGGACAGGGCCAGUUGCUCUCCCCCUGCUCAAUAAAGAGAACUGCCGCUUUUAAAAGGUGCCACUUUGCUCAGCAGGGGUUUAACGUUAUUUAUCACAAUAGUAAAAACAUAAAAAUACAUGGGAAACCAAUUCAACAGCAUCUGAACCACUGUGCAGACUCUCAUCACAGGGGACAUUGCAUCUUCCCUCUAACAAUUGAAGUAAUACAUGCCAUGCCAGUGUGCCACUACUAGUGUAAGGGUAAAGCUCAAACCAGAGCAACUUGUCCACAGUGGUAAAUGCUGCACCACUGUGGUCCACCCGGCUGAUGCUGUAUAUGCUGUAUCUAUGUGCCUUCUCUGUGUGCCUUAUGUAUGUGAACGUGUAACCGGACCUUACUGAGACAAUACAUCACGUGAGUGUCCUCAACUUCAAUAUAUUCCUUUGUUGAACUUU